CCUAACUCGUUUCCUGACGUCCGAUUUUGCGCGUGCACUGCUGUCAUUUCCCUCGUGUAUACACAGUUCGACGUCUCAUUUCUCACAUCUACGAGCACAAUGGCUGACGCUGACGGCUACGACGAGAGCCACAAUGGCGAUGAGAGCGGCAUGACCGGGCCUGGCGCGCCUACGCCACUCACUGCGCUCGAGGGAGUUGCCGGCUUGACGAAGCGCGAUAUCCAAAUGGUCGUCGACGGCGGCUUCAACACCGUAGAGUCAGUAGCGUAUACCCCGCGCCGCAUGUUGGAGCAGAUCAAAGGCAUCUCGGAACAAAAGGCAACCAAGAUUCUUGCCGAAGCCUCGAAACUUGUGCCAAUGGGCUUCACGACCGCCACGGAGAUGCACCAACGACGAAGCGAGCUCAUCUCUAUCACGACUGGCUCCAAGCAGCUGGAUACACUUCUCGCCGGUGGUAUCGAGACCGGAUCGGUGACUGAGCUGUUUGGAGAGUUCCGCACGGGAAAGAGUCAGAUUUGCCACACUCUUGCCGUGACAUGUCAACUGCCCUUUGACAUGGGUGGCGGAGAGGGCAAGUGUCUGUACAUUGAUACUGAGGGUACCUUUCGACCUGUUCGAUUGCUGGCCGUCGCCAACAGAUUCGGUCUCUCCGGAGAAGAGGUCCUCGACAAUGUGGCCUAUGCUCGCGCGUACAAUUCAGAUCACCAGCUCCAGCUCCUCCAGCAGGCUGGUGCCAUGAUGUGCGAGACCCGAUUCUCGCUCCUCAUUGUGGACAGUGCGACGGCUCUUUACAGAACCGAUUUCUUGGGCCGAGGUGAACUCUCGUCGAGACAGACUCACCUGGCCAAAUUCAUGCGCACGCUUCAGCGUCUCGCCGACGAGUUUGGUAUUGCCGUGGUGAUCACCAACCAAGUCGUCGCACAGGUCGAUGGUGGACCGAGUGCCAUGUUUAACCCCGACCCGAAGAAGCCAAUCGGUGGUAACAUUAUCGCCCACGCAAGUACGACGAGAAUCAGCUUGAGAAAGGGUCGAGGCGAGACUCGUGUCGCCAAGAUCUACGACAGCCCCUGUUUGCCGGAGAGUGACUGUCUCUUUGCGAUCAAUGAGGAUGGCAUCGGUGACCCAAGCCCCAAGGACCUGGAGAAGGAAUAG